AUGGAGUACAUCCUCUUCGUGCUGUAUUUCUCCUUCUUUCUCUGUCUCUGUGCCCUGGUGUGUCUGUACUUUUCCGGCUGCCAGGAGAUGACCUACAAGCAUGAAGUGGCACUCACAUGGGCCCAUCGAGGGUCGGCGUGCUGGGCACGGUGCCUGCAUGAGCUCACUCAGUGCUCUUGGAAGCAUGUUGUGGAGACAUUUUUUGGAUUUGACGAGGAGUCUGUGGACUCGGAAACAUUGUCAGAAACAUCCUGCAACACGGACCGGACGGACAGGGCCCCGGCCACGCCCGAGGAAGACUUGGAUGACGCAACGACGCGGGAGGAGGCCGACCUGAGGUUCUGCCAGCUGACCCGGGAGUACCAGGCCCUUCAGCGGGCCUACGCCCUGCUUCAGGAGCAGGUCGGUGGGACGCUGGACGCCGAGAGAGAGGCCCGGACUCGGGAACAGCUCCAGGCUGACCUGCUGAGGUGUCAGGCGAAAAUCGAAGAUUUGGAGAAGUUACUGGUUGAGAAGGGACAGGAUUCCAAGUGGGUUGAGGAGAAGCAGCUGCUCAUCAGGACGAACCAGGACUUGCUGGAAAAGAUUUACAGACUGGAAAUGGAAGAGAGUCAGCUGAAGCAUGAAAUGCAAGACGCCAAGGACCAGAAUGAGCUGCUAGAGUUCCGAGUGCUGGAGCUCGAAGUAAGAGACUCUAUCUGUUGCGCGCUCUCAAACGGAGCAGACCUGCUCUUUGAGCCCAAACUGAAAUUCAUGUAAAGCCCCCGAUGCCCUCCAGCAUGUGUAAAGGGACGUGGUAGAGUUCUCUUUUCUUUUCUUUCCUUCUUCUUCUUCUUCUUUUUUUUUUUUAAAUCUGUAUGUUCAGAAUAAUUUCACUGCCUUAAUCUGUUCUGGAGAGAAUGCUCACCGAAGUCUUUGGACCUGUACCAAAGCUAAUCUAUUUAUUGCCUACGGCUUGUUUUGCACUUAAUAAAAUAAUUUGUUUUUGCAAUA